AUGGAGUAUAUUGUCGAAGGACAGGACGUGUCCCCCGAGGAACUCUCGGACGAAUCCUGGCAGUCGCCAGGCCUCCGCGCCCAAGAGCAACGCCGCGCAGCCUUGCGCCUUGCCACCGCCGCAGCUAAGCCCACCACCACGCCGGCUUCUCUGCCUUCGUCGAAGCGGCUCCAGCCUUGGCACUUGUACACCGCCUUGCUGCAAGCAGCGUGCCUGCAAGGCCUCCCGCCCGCAUCUCGCGACACGGUGCGGAUCCACCCCGUCAACAACACUUUUACGCUCAGCGUCGCGGACUCGGCUCGUGCUCAAGCAUACCUCCGCAUCACCUCCCUCACGGUUUCCGGCAACACUUUCACCGUCCACCUUUACGCCCCACCGCCAGACGAUGCCCUCAGGGGCAUACUGUACCACGCCUUCGACGACUUCACGGACCAAGCCAUCCUUGAAGACCUUCAGGCAAGCAAUCCUACCCUCUCUGUUGUGGGCGGCCGCCGCAUGGGCAAGGCCCCUCACAUCUUGGUCACCCUCAUGGAGCCGAAACUACCGCGGUGGAUCUUCUACCACGGUGUCCAGCUUCGCCUCCUUCCGUUCCGCAACAAGGUGGAAGCCUGCUACAAUUGCCGCUCGACCGGCCACCGGACCGACGUGUGCCCCAAGCCGCGGCAGGAGCGGUGCCAUCGGUGCGGCGCUGCUCACCCCACACCGCCCGAAGGAUCGCCACCCACUUGCAACCCCCGCUGCAUCGUCUGCAAUGGGAACCACUCCACGUACAGUUCCAACUGUAAACACCGCUACGUGCAGCGCCCUCAACGCCAGAAGGCCCCGGCACCUGACACACACCCCUCGCCACAACAGCCUGUUCCGCCCGCAGCGGCAGUGCGCUCUUCCCAGCAAGCAGCAAGUGGUCCCUCACCAGCUCCACCGCCCAAGUCGGUUACUGCCUCUCCGCCCCCCGUACCAGCGGUGCCUAAACCCGCAUCACAGCCCAUGAAUUCGACAUGGCCCCGCGGCGCCCCCGGCUUGCCCUCGGAGCCGCAGGUUGUUGCACUGCAGCAAGAAAACGCCUCCCUCCGACAGCAGGUCACUGCACAAAGCGCUCAAAUUGCAGCUCAGAAGACCCAAAUUGAUUCCCUCCAAGCGAAACUGCAAGCUCUUGAAGAGAAGCUGGAAUCAGCCAUCACAGUGAAAUCCUCUCUGCCCUCUACCAUUUGCUCCUCCUCCGACAUGGACGUUCAGACUCCCGAAGGAUGCACUGGCAAGCGCCGUCGACCCAACACUCCCCUUGAAUCUCUUCACCUUUCUGAAGAGGUCCAGGUAUCCAUCAAGACGGCCUUGGUGGAUCUUGAAAAGCGGUUGGAUAGCCGCUUCAACUCCGUCCACCAGCUUCUCACUGCACAGCACGAAGCUCUAAAUUCCCUGCGCACAGACUUCGCCGCCUACCCCCCCGCCACGUCCUUCCAAUCUCUACAGUCAACAGUUGAUAGCCUACAAACUGCCAUACUUGGAAGCAUCCGAGCAAAGCCACCCCUCCAUGCCCGCACCACCACCUCCUCCGGCGCCGCCCGAACCUCGCAAACACCGGCCGAGCGUAACCACCUCCUUCUCCACCUACAACAACUAGACCCCUCGGACGCGCCUGAUAUCAUCGUACUACAGGAAACUCACGCCGACGUCUCCCUCUCGGGUUACGUCGCCUACAACCAAGUAACUCACCAUCCUCUGCCCCAUCCCGUGACGGCCGUCCUCACCCGGCGGACGCUCGCUGUCAAUCGACACGAUCUGCCCUUCCCUGCAGUCCAUCACGUCUUUCUCGAGAUACUACCUCAGCAACGUGAACAGCCCUCUCUGUUUAUUCUCAACGUGUACAACCCCCCUCGCUCCACUGAAGAUGCGUCUCUCCUAGCCUUGCUCCGUGCCGCUGCAGCGAAAGCAGCCAAAUCACCCCUUCUUAUUCUCGGCGACUUCAACGUCAAGCAUCCGGACUGGGGUUACUCGAAGGCAGAUGGCCCCGGAAGGAGGCUGUGGCAGCUCGCUCACGACCUCAACCUUUCCCUGCUCACCGACCCCACGCAACCAACGCGCAUCGGCAACAGUGUGUGCCGCGAUACCACCCCGGACCUCAGCUUCUGCCGCAGCGUGCGCGACGCGCGCUGGUCUAACACGCAUCAGUCCCUCGGCAGUGACCACUAUGUCCUCACCAUUCAAGUUCUCACCUCCCCCAGCAAGCCGCGCCCACACACGGCCCGCUAUACAGACUGGGACGCUUUCCGAGAACGCCGGUUGCACUCCGCCACUUCCAACAUCGAGGACCUCUCAACGUGGACCGACCAGCUGCUAGCGGACCUCGACGCAGUCACCGCCUCGAUCCCCACCACGGAGGACCAUCCGGCAACUGACGCCCGUCUUGCCCACCUGUGGGCCGCCCGCACCGGCCUUUGCAACCGUUGGCAGAAGCAACGUCACAACCGUCGCUUACGCCGCCGCAUCGCGCACCUCGAUCGUACGAUCGAGCAACACACCACCGCGCUCGCCCGCCAACAGUGGGAGCAGCUCUGCUCGGGUCUCUCUGGUCAGUUGGGCUGCAAACAGUCCUGGCAUCUCCUCCGCCACCUCCUCGACCCUGCUUCCGCCAAGUCGGUCGCUCGGCAGCAGUUACAACGAGUGGUCCGGGCUUACCCCGGCGACACUCCGUCGCUGAUGGCAGACCUGUCCGCCAAAUACCUUCAGCUUCUGCCUCCUGGCACACCUCCUCCCCCUCUCGCGUCCUACUCUGGGGCCCCCAACCCAGUACUGGACGCCGAUAUCGCGGAAGCGGAGGUCUACGCGGCAUUACAGAAGCUCCGCACCAAUUCCGCCCCCGGCCCAGAUCGCAUCCCCAACAAGCUCCUCCGAAACCUCGACGCCCCUUCGGUUGCUACCCUCACUUCGUUCCUCAACAAGUGCUGGCGCUCCGGCAACCUCCCCCAAUCAUGGAAACACGCUCGCGUGGCUUUCAUCCCCAAGCCGGGCCAGAAACUCACAAUCGAGAAUCUCAGGCCCAUUUCACUCACCUCGUGCGUCGGCAAGCUUCUAGAACAUGUCGUUCUCGCUCGCUUGCAAACGUACACGGACGCACACCAUCUCCUUCCCCACACCAUGCUUGGUUUCCGCCCCCACCUAUCCACGCAAGAUGUCCUCUUACAACUCCACCAUGAUCUCCUCGACCCACCCACAUUUUCAGACACAAAGGCUCUCCUUAGCCUGGACCUUCACAAGGCGUUCGACCACGUCUCCCAUUCGGCUAUCCUUGCCGAACUCGCAGCCCUCAACCCCGGCACCCGCACCUACAACUACAUUCGCGAGUUCCUCACCGCCCGCACGGCCGAAAUCAUCAUAGGGGACCUCCCGUCUCCCACGUACGAGCUUGGCCCUCGUGGCACCCCUCAGGGCGCCGUCUUGUCGCCUUUUCUAUUCAAUCUUGCCCUCCGCUCGCUUCCUGGCAAGCUGGACCGUAUCCCCGGUCUUAAACACACCCUGUACGCGGACGAUAUUGCUCUCUGGGUCACGUCGGGCUCUGACGGCCAUAUCGAGCAGACGUUGCAACGCGCAACCGACGUCGUCACGUCCCACGUGCACGCGGCCGGUCUUACUUGCUCAGCGGCCAAAUCGGCCCUUCUUCUCAUGCGGCCUCCCGACCGGCGUCGCUACAAAACUCCCCACCCCACCAUCACGGUUCAUGCCAACUCUACUCCUGUCCCCGUCGUUUCGCAUCUCCGCGUGCUCGGGCUGAUCCUACAGUCCAACCGCCAUAAUACACACACCAUAGAGAAGCUCUCGCUCUCGGUGCAGCAGACCGCACGUAUGCUCGCCCGUGUCCGUGCGCGGCGUGAGGGCAUGCGAGAACACGAUCUGCUUCGCCUUGUCGACGCUUUCGUCGUUUCCCGCCUCACGUACGGCCUUCCUUAUACACGUCUCCUAAAAUCGGAACGCGAUAAAAUUGACGUCCUCAUCAGCCGGGCAUACAAGACUGCCCUCGGCCUUCCCCCCAACACGUCCACCGAUCGUCUUCUCCGUUUGGGUGUACACAACACGCUCGACGAGUUGAUUGAGGCUCACCGCUCCGCUCAAGUGCAACGCCUUUACCGUUCGCCGACUGGUCGCCACAUCCUUUCCUCCAUCGGCCACGACACCUCCUCCCACCCUCCGGAUCUGGUCUCAUUACCCCAUGCUAUUCGAGCGGCGUUCUACAUCAAGCCGCUACCUAAGAAUAUGCUGGCGGGCCACCACGACGCUCGCCGCCAAGCCCGUGCCGCCAUGCUUCAAGCAAAGUACGCCGACCACCCGGCCGUCGCCUACGUAGAUGCGGCCCGAUACAAUGCACGCAGGGACGCCUUCGUAGUCGUUUCCGUGUCGCCCUCCUCAGCUCCUUUGGGGCCGACCAUCACGGCUGGCACCGUCAGAACGCCUUACGCCGUCGAGGCGGAGGAAGUGGCCAUUGCUUUGGCCGCGACCUCGGCUGACGCAAGCGUCAUAAUCAGCGACUCCAAACAAGCCAUCUCCAAUUUCGCGCGAGGUCUCGUCUCGCCUACCACCUUACGGCUACUUCGGCCCCUACUGCAGCAAGACGAGCAGUGCCGCAUAGAACUGAUCUGGGUCCCCGCCCACUCGGGUCACCCCGGCAACGAGACAGCUCACCAACGCGCUCGAGGAUUCGUCGACCGAGCGGUGGGCCACUCAGAGUCGGACGCCCUGGUGCCAGAGCCCCUGGUCACCUACCACGACAUCACUCAGCACUAUCGCCUCGAGCGAUAUUUCUAUUCACAUCCUCACAACAGCCUUCCCAAGCGGUCCGAGAUCGCCUGGCGUCGCCUACAGACCCGCACCUUCCCGUGCCCCCUCGUAUUUUCAUACAUGCACCCAGGUGCCAUCGAUCCACGCUGCUGCCUGUGCGGCAACGUUGCCUCGUUGAACCACAUCCUCUGGGGCUGCCCGGAGGAUCCCCCGCCCGCCGACCUCCUUUGCUCACCCCCCACCGAGGAACAAUGGGAGGCCCUUCUCUCCAGCAACGACAGAGACAUCCAGACACGGGUCCUGAAACGAGCGGAAGAAGUCAUCGAGAAGCACAACCUGGCAGCCUUCGUGGCUUAG